UGAAUCUGAACCUGGUACUGAGCGUAAAAAGGAUACUGAAGAUGGACCUGGUAUUGAAUUUGAAGAAGACAUUGACGUUGUUAGUGAAUCUGAUAAUGCCUUAGAAAAUACUGCUAAUUAUCAACAUGGACACCUACCUCCAAUCCGCAUUGAAAUUUAUCGUGAAAAAACCUUUGGAACUUGGAAAGAAUAUAAUAGCCUUGAUCUACACCAGCGUACUUGGGAUUGUGAACGGUCUGGUAAAUAUAUCUCACGUAAAACUACUUCACCUGAAAAGCAAAGAAAUAAGGGUUCAAAAAGAAUUGGUUGUCCUUUUCUGGUGAAUGCGUGCAAGAGUAAGGGCCCUGAUAAUGAAACUAUAAUUAAGUUGACAUUGAUGAAGCUUGAACACAACCAUAUAUUAGUUCCUGAAAACGCUAGCUUUGCUACUAGCUAUCAGAAACUUACCACAGAAAUGAAGAAGCUUAUUGAAAACUAUGUCCUUUGUGACAUUGAUGGGUAUAAUACUGCAAAGCUUUUCCAGCACUUUGAAAAAGAGCGUACCAAGAAUCCUAAUUGGUAUGUUCAAUCAUUAAUUGAUCCAGAAACAAACAGAUUACAAGGUGUAUUCUAUAUGACCCCUGAACAAUGCGAACUUUGGCGACAUUAUGCAGACAUUACUUUAAACGACAAUAUAGCAGCGACCAACAUCUAUAAACUCCCAUUGUGCAUUUUUGCUGUUGUAGAUAAUAAUUUCAAAUCACGAAUUAUUGCACAGACUAUAUUGCCUGAUAAAACAAGUGAAAGUUAUAGAUGGGUUUUACAACAAACAAUUGAAGCUACAGGAGUUCAGCUCGGCGCUUUUAUAAUUGAUGCAGAUCUAGGUCUUGAAAGUGUUGUUCCCGAAAUAUAUCCUGAUAUCUACCUACUCCAUUGUAUCUGGCACAUUGGGCAUAACAUUGAAAAGCAGCUUGCAAAGCUACUUGAUGAUUGUUAUGCAGAUUUUAUCAAAGCAUUUUAUCUUUUUACGGCAAGAAUAAUAUCUACACAACGAUCUGAAUCAAUAAACGGUAUAAUUAAACGGACUGUAAAUGAAAGAACUCAACUUCACAUCCUGUUUAACCGAAUUGAAUCACGUGUUGCAGAAGAACAAUUUGCUGGUCAGUUUGCGGCUUGGCGUGAAAAGACAACAUCAUAUAUGACACCAAGUGUCCCUGGACGACUUUUUUCUGAAAUAUACAAUAUUUUGCAAAAGUAUGUUAAUUUUGAGAAUCCAUAUAAUUUAACAUUAGAGGUUGUUGAUAAUGGGCCGAUUGAAUUUGAGUAUGACUUUCGUCAGAUACGUUUUGAUGAACUUCUUGAGGGGAUCGAUCAUUCCUUAGUUGCUGAGAUUUGGGAAGUUCAAUCAAUCGAGUAUAAAUCAAAUAUUGGACAGAAUAUAUCUGAAAAGGCUUAUUUUCAUAUUUCUCUCAUUCCAAGACAUUGGUACAAAAACGAAUUUAUGGAUGCGGUAGUUGUUGAUGAGCCAUUUCUUAGAAGAAAUUUAUUAGAAAAGAACACUCCUGUACAAGCUGCAGCAAAAGCAAUUGGCCGUAAACAAUCGAUUAAAGGAACAUUGCUUGGGCUUGCCCGUAAAUGUAUAGAAGAUACAGAGAGUGAUCAAGAUACAAAGAAUGAUCAAGAUAUCGAAACUACACGACUAGAUGUUCAGAACCUACUUAAAUAUAUUGGAAAAGGGCGUCCCUCCAAAAGACAUAUAAAAUCAGCAAUUGAAAAACUGAAAAAAUAUAUACGUACUUCGUCUCAUGCUUCUCGUCAAUGUAGUGUUUGUAAAAGCAAGGAACAUGAUAAGUGA